UCCUGUCCUGUCUUCUGUCUUACAGUCGAAACGAACCACACGGAUUACAGCGUUUAUGAUAUUGUGUGCAUUUUAAUUUGUCAACGUGCAACUUCUCAGCAAAUGCACAAUCUUUGAGGUUAAGGUGUGAAAGUCAAACCACCUUUCAAAGCUUCUCGUGAGACUGAGACUCAGUAAAACAAUUCAUUUGUUACACACUGCAGGAGGAGAAGGGCAGAGACGCUGGUAACAAACUCAGACACUCACACACAGUAAACAGAAACAUGACCCACACACAGUGUAUCGCAGCGUCUCUGUUCUUUCUGCUCGUCUUUCUCUCAGGAUGUGUGUGUGAAGUAAACGUGAGUGUAAAACAAACACCAGCCGUCAUGACCGCAGCACCAGGACAACAUGUGAACAUCACCUGUCACUUCACCAUCAGGACAUCAGCGAGCGGACGCUGGAAAAUAAUGUGGUGGAAAAAUAACAACACAACAUUACAAAAUAACACUAAAAUUAUGUUCGAAAUAAAACCGAACAUUUCGUCUCAUGUGAAUGAAUCUCGCUCACUGCUGCUUCCUGCAGUCAGUGUGAGUGACAGCGGGGUUUAUUACUGUAGUGUGUGGCAGGACGUUCCACAACUCGGCACGAAGACCUCGGGUGGAGGAACACAGCUCAUCGUCAACUCCACCUUCACCAUCAUCAUCACUCCCACUGCUCCCACUGCUGAGAACUCUCUGAUGUGGAAGCUGCUGGUAUCUUCACUGCUGGUUGUUGUGUGUGUUGUGUUUGUCAGCUGCUGCGUUAUACACAGAGGUUUCUGCAUGAGGAGAAAGAAGGAAAGCCAGUCGGAGCCUUCGGCUGAUACAGGCGUCGUUUACGCUGCGGUGAAACUUUACAGAGGAUCUGAGAGGAAAAACACACAGGAGCUCGGUGAAGCUCCAGAUGCAGGAUGUGCAGUAAACACAGAGGUUUUAUACUCAGACAUUCGAAUAAAAUGAUAAAAACUCUGAUUAUCAGAACUGUGUAAAAUAUUUAAUGUAUAAAAGUGAGUAAAAACUUUCUAUAAAACAUGAAAUGAUAAAUUAAGAUAAUAAAAUGUCUGAAUUACUGAUUAUUACAAACAAAAAUAGAAUUUUUCUAAAAGUUUGUGUCUCGCUGUUUA